GUGUUCAGGUUGAGGUCUCAAAUGCUUGAACCAGUUCUGACAAGUUGUAGACAAACACAGACACUUGUUUGCCAUAUACGUUCCAUGUCCAGUGGCGAUGAAAGACUUUGAUGAAGAGACUGCAUUCCUAGGAGACUGGGGGGCUUACCAAAAGCAGAUUUUCAUUCUUCUGAGCCUCAGCAGUAUUCCGAAUGGAUACGUGGGAAUGGCCAUGGUUUUCCUCGCAGAUAUUCCUCCUCAUCACUGUAGGGUUCCAUCCCUGAACAGCAGCUAUGGAGGACUGGGCUACAAUCUGUCCAUCCCGACUGAGGAGCUGAAAGGGGAGACCAUCCUGAGUCGCUGCAGACGCUACACUGAACAGGGAGGCUCUGGCUCUGCCAACAGCAAUGACACAGAGGGCUGUGUGGAUGGCUUUGUGUUCAGUAAAGAGAGAUAUGUGUCCACUAUUGUGUCUGAGUGGGAUCUGGUGUGUGACAAUGAGUGGAAAACUCCAUUUACAGUCACUGUGUUCUUCUUUGGGGUCUUGUUCGGAUCAUUUCUGUCCGGAAUUAUAUCAGACAGAUAUGGAAGAAAAUUUAUAUUUUUUGCCACAAUGGCAGUACAAACCGUCUUCAGUUUAAUUCAAGCUGCCUCUAAUAGUUGGGAAAUGUUCUGUGUGUUCUACUUCAUUGUUGGAAUGGGACAAAUCGCAAAUUAUUGUGCAGCUUUUAUCCUUGGAUGUGAACUUCUGAGUAAGCCGUGCCGUGUCACCUUUGCAACUUUGGGAAUUAGCUUCACGUAUGCACUGGGAUAUGCAUUGCUCCCUCUUUUUGCCUACUUCGUCCGAGACUGGAGGAUGCUUCUGGUGACCUUGUCUGUGCCAGGCUUUCUGUACAUACCCUUAUGGUGGUAUAUUCCAGAGUCUCCUCGCUGGCUGCUGUCUCAGGGGAGGGUGGAAGAGGCAGAGGCCAUCAUUCGAGCAGCAGCCAAGAGAAACGGCAUCACUCCCCCGGACGUCAUCUUCCAGCGAGAUGACUCGGAGAAGCUAAUGGGGGAUGGUGGUAUAAAUGAUGAGAAAAAAUACACAUGGGUGGAUCUCUUUUCAACAACAAAUAUCAGGAAUAUCACAAUACUGAAUAUCUUAAUUUGGUCCAUAGUCUCUCUGACGUACUACGGGCUGUCUCUCAACACCCCUAACAUGGACGGGGAUCCUUACCUCAACUGCCUCUUCGCCUCUGGCACUGAGUUUGCUGGAUACACCAUCAUGUGGUUUGCUGGACGCUACGCAUCACGACGGGUCACCCUGUCCGCCAGCACGUUCUUUUGUGGGAUCAUGCUUCUGCUCAUCAUGCUUGUUCCUAAAGAGCUGGGUGCUUUGAGUGUCACGCUGGCCAUGCUGGGGAAGAUCACCAUGACGGGGGCCUUUGUGUUUGUGUAUCUGUACGGCACGGAGCUUCUGCCUACCGUGGUGCGUAACAUGGGCUUGGGGAUCACCACCAUGGCCUCCAGGAUGGGCAGCACAGUUUCCUCAUACAUAGCCUACAUGGGCACCUAUGACAGGGCGCUGCCCUACGUCCUGAUGGGGAUCAUCUCCAUCUUGUGUGGCGUCCUGAGCCUGCUGCUGCCAGAGACUAAAGACCAGCCGCUGCCAGAGUACAUCAGCCAAGUUAAACCUCUCCAUCGCUACAGGUUUUGUGGGACAAAGGAUGAAGAAAGGACAAACGGACAAGAUAAAAAUGGAUAUCAAGGCAACAAGAAAGCUGAAUUGGAACUGGAGUAGACAACUAUUCAUCCAUGUCACAUGGCGUGGAUUUUUUUAUGAACUCUGUGCACACAGCAUAAUGCUGUAACGUGUAAUACUCGGGGAUAAAUUGAUGCACAUAGCGUGUGUGUGUGUGUGUGUGUGUGUG